ACCGCUGCUCACCAAAUUCCUAGAACCUGGGCUCAUUCGGCCCUGCUAGUCCCCUUCUCUAAUUCUCCCUGUCCAAAAGCCUCCCGGGGAUAUGGGGAUACCGGUUUGUGCAAGACUUACAAGCGGUGCAUGAGGCAGUCAUCCAUCCCAUUCACCCAAUGGUGCCAAACCUGUACACCGUACUUAAAUGCCAGGGGAUGCUCAAUACUUCUCUCUGUUAGACCUCAAGGAUGUAUUUUUCUGUAUCCCCCUACAUCCAGACUCCCAGUACCUUUUUGCCUUUGAAUGGAAGGAACUUGACACCCGGGAAGCUAUUCACUACACUUGGACAGUGCUUCCACAGGGCCUUCGGGACAGCUGCUGUCUUUUUGGAAAUGCGUUAGCAAAAGAACUGAGGGAACUGAGCCUGAAAAAUGGAACUCUGUUACAGUAUGUUGAUGACCUAUUAAUAAAUAGGUAAAGAAAGAUUCAGAUCAGAAUACCGUUAAGGUCCUAAAUUUCCUGGCAGAAAGGGGAUAUAAAGUCUCCCCAACAAAGACGCAGAUUUCACAGCAAGAGGUUCAAUAUUUAGGGCUUGUUUUGACCCCCAUCGCAUGAGCCCUGGCCAUAAAUCAGAAAACAGCCAUUAAUGCAUUACCAUCACCAACCACAAAGAGACAACUCCGAGGCUUUCUCAGAAUGGCUGGGUUCUGCCGUAUCUGAAUUCCAGAUUAUGGCCUUAUAGUCAAACCCCUAUAGGAAGCUCUAAAGGGAGAAGAAAGGGAACCCCUCUAAUGGAGUAGGGACCACCAGUGGGACUUUGAGACUCUAAAGAUUGAGUUGAGUAGGGAACCAGCACUAGGGCUUCCAAAUUUAGACAAACCCUUCACCCUAUCGAUGAGAGGUCAGGGAUAGCACUAGGAGUCCUGACCCAAAAGCUGGGAGCAGAUCAAAGGCCAGUGGUUUACUUUUCAAAACAACUGGACUCAGUAGCCCCGAGAUGCCCCAGCUGCCUACAGGCGGUAGCAGCCACGGCCCUACUGGUCAGUGAGCCUUCUGAGCUCACCGUGGGACAAUACUAGAUGCAUCAACUCUUCAUCAGGUGCAAUCUGUGUGAGAAGCCAAAGGACACCAUUGGUUAACCGGGGGAAGGUUAGCAAAAUAUCAGGCUCUCCUAAUGGGUACCCCCGAUAUUACUUUAAAGGUGUGCCAAGCCUUAAACCCAGCAACUCUUCUCACAGCUGUUGAAAAUGGAGAUUUAUUGCAUCAGUGUACACAGACAAUAGAACAAACUUAUUCCAGCAGAUCCAGUCUUCUAGAUGAACCCCUUGACAACCCUGAGGCUGAACGGUUCACUGAUGGGAGUAGUUUUAUAGAGAUGGGAACCCGAAUGGCAGGAUGCUAUAGUUAGCUUAAAUGAAAUCAUAGAAGCCAAGGCCCCACCACCCCAGACUUCAGCCCAGAAAAAUAUUUUUACUGAUUCUAAAUAUGGAUUCCAUGUGCUACACGCUCAUGCUGCCAUUUGGAGAGAGAGAGGAAUGUUAACUGCUAGAAAUUCUUCCAUAAAACCUAAAGAUUUAAUCUUGGCUCUUUUAGAAGCAGUGCAGCUCCUGACCCAGGUGGCAGUAAUUCACUGUAAGGGCCAUCAGAAGGACGGGUCCUUUAUAAGCCAAGGAAAUAACAAAGCUGAUCAGGCCACAAAACAGGCAGUUCAGUCGCAAGAGCCUGACCAAAGCAUGACCCUAGUGAUUGGCCCCCCUGAACUCCCUGGCCUGCCCCAGUAUUCCCCACAGGAACAAGAGAAUGCUGAAAAAUGGGGCUAUAAGAAAGAAAGCACAGGCUGGUAUAUAAAGGAUGACAAGUUUCUUAUCCCUGGGGCCCAAGAAAGGAGGCUCAUUAAGGUUUUACAUGGUGCCACCCCCUGUGGGAGGAAUACACUAUGGGACUUGACACAAAGGACCUUAUCAGGAAAGGGACUUAAAGGAACAAUAAAACGAGUGACCCUUGCCUGUGAUUUGUGUGCCCAUAAUAAUCCGCAAGCCCAUCCAAUCCCUCCUUCAUUACUCAAGCCACUUCAACCCCGUGGGACAUACCUGGGGGAAGAUUGACAAUUAAACUUCACCCAAAUGCCCCCACAGUCAGGAUAUAAAUAUCUUCCUGUGUCUGUCAGUACUUUAUAGGAUGGGUGGAAGCCUUCCCCACUCAAUCUGAAAAGGCCACUGAAGUCUGUAAGUCCCUCUUAAAGAGACGAUUCCUCGGUUUGGGCUUCUAAAAUCCCUCCAGAGUGAUAAUGGGCCCUCCCUCAUAGCAAAGAUCACCCAAGGCCUAUCGACCGCCUUGGGAAUUAGCUAUAAUCUCCAUGCCUCUUGGCACCUCCAAUCUUCAGGAAAAGUAGACAAAAUGAACCAUACUUUAAAGAAAACCUUAACAAAACUUUGCCAAAGAGAUUCAUGAGCCCUGCUUCCUAUUGCACUCCUCAGGGUUCACAUAGCCCCCAGGAUUCUCCUGAAGCUUAGACCAUUUGAAGUGACCUAUGAGAGGCCCUUCCUUACCACUGGUAUGAGGAAGUGAGCCAGAGGCUACGAUGUGUUAUUAACUUGGGACAGGUCCAAAAGGCAAUCUUGGACUAAGCCAAGAAGGCACUCCCAGGUCCCACUAGGGAUACAACAGAAGGGGCAGCCCCUCCACAAAUUAACUUCGGGGACCAAGUUCUUCUUAAAACUUGGAAGGAGGGAUCCCCUGGAGAUGAACUAUUACCAAAAUGAAAGGGCCCCUGUAGAGUAAUUUUAGCCACCCCCACUGCCAUUAAACUUCAAGGAAUACCUAGUUGGGUACAUUUAUCUAGAUUAAAACUCUUGCCUCCAAAAACCCCACAGGCCACAACAGAAGAAUACGCCUGUGAGCCAGUAGAAGACCUGAGAUACUUAUUCAAAAACCAAGCACCAGUAACAGAUGAGUAAAGGGUGAUGUGGUAGGCUGGACUUCUGUUUGCUUACUUUGUUAUAUUUUUGCUCACAUCUUGCCGGUUUGCUCAACCACCCCCACUGAAAAAGCAACUCUUUUGUCCCUCCUGGGUCGAGAAGACCAGAACCAAUGACAGAGUGGAAAAUGUGGGUACUUCUCUUGGCCCUUCUCCUAAAGAGGGGCUGGGGAGAAAAUAAUAAGGGAAGGGGAACCUGGAGAGAAAACUCAGUCGUCAACCAUUCCAGCAUUUUGGCCUCAGGAAAUAAUCUCUCUAACUGUUGGAUCUGUCAUCCCCUCGCACAAGAGGGGUUUUCUCGGCUCCGGUUUGUGCCUGUAGAUGAGGACAUUAAUCUCAUUCUGACUUCUGAACCCAUUAGGAGCACACCGCUUCUAAUAGUGGAACUCGAAGAUCAUGAUGAUAUCGGGUGUGUAGAGCUUACAGACCCUUGGAACCAAACCCGUCUCUGGAUCAAGCGGCCCCUUCUCUGCACAGGGCAAGGAAAACCCUGUUGCCCCUGCCAGACAGAUACCUGCCUUACUGAUACGGGAAGCUCACUCUCUAUUUAUCCUAUGUCAUUUUCCACUUCAAGCUCCUCAUGCACUCCUAACCAGACUCAUUGGUGUGUGGACCCAUCUCUGCUCUCCCCAGGGACCCAACCCAACAGCUCUUGUACGCACUGGAAGGGAACAGCAGCCCCUUCCUGGAGGCUCACCUAUCAGACCCCAUCUGCCUUCAGUGAUGAGGAGGGAAUAGAGGAAAACUCAGAACUAGAUGGAGGACCACUAGACGGAGGGCCCCUGUCCCCCAGAUGCAAUAAUGCACCUAGCUGGGGUUCCCUUUUACGUCGAUGGUUUAAUUCCACUUCACCCCGCCAGGCUUGCACCCCCGCUGGACAUCUGUUCCUCUGUGGUCCACCGGAAAAUAAACUACCCUUCGAAGGGAACCCAAAUUCCUCCUUCUCCUGGCCUCUCCGAGCAAUGGCCUAUCCAUGCUUAGACAAUGUUCACUUCCGGGGAGAAUGCACUUUGGGACGACUGGGCCCUAAAGGACAAGGUGCCACCAUAUAUAAUAAUGCCACCUCUCAAAACAGACAUAGCUGGGCACUCAGACUAAUCCUGGCAGGAAUUGGGGCGGCCAUAGGAGUGGCCGCCCCUGGGGCGUUUUUCCCUAUCACAAAACCACCUUAAGAAACCUCACACAGGCCAUAGAGAACCUGGCCUCAAAAACUGGUGAUGGGAAUUCCCUAGUGGUUAGGACUCAGUGAUUUCAUUGCCGAGGGCACAGGUUCAAUCCCUGGUCACGGAACUAAGGUCCCGAAAACCUCACUCGGCGCAGCCCAAAAAAAAAAGUGGUGAUGCCUUUAAGGGGCCUCCAGGAGUCCCUAGAUUCCUUAGACGAUGUUGUGUUUGACAAUAGGUUAACCCUGGAUUAUCUUCUGGCUGAACAAGAGGGUGUCUAUGCAGUAACUAACAAAACAUACAUCAACAACUUGGGGGAAGUUGAACUAAAUAUUCAGGAAAUUUAUGAACAAGCUAAAUGGUUACAUGGGUUCAGCUACCCCACUGCCCAAACUAUAUGGGACUCAGUUAAAGGUUACAUCCCUGGCAUUACUUGGUUCCUGCAUCUCCUGGGCCCUCUAGUGGCAGUAGUUCUUUUGUUAUUAUUCAGACCCUGCCUGUUUAAUCUUUUAGUUAGAUUUGUGUCUUCCAGGCUUCAACAGUUCCAAGUGAGGCUCAUGGUGGCCCAAGGAUUUCAACCCGUUCCAUUAGAAGGUGACCCGUGUCCCUGUAGGUCCUUGGAACAGUCAUCAAGGGACUUCUACACCUCUAGGGUAGGCUAGGGUCUGUGGCCCCUGUUCAGCAGGAAGUAGCUCCAGAAGAAGAGACAUUUGGCCCCUUGACCCUUAAGAAUAAUGGGUGCAGGGCUUCCCUGGUGGCAUAGUGGUUAAGAGUCCACCUGCCAAUGCAGGGGACACAGGUUCGAGGCCUGGUCUGGGAAGAUCCCACAUGCCACGGAGCAACUAAGCCCGUGCACCACGACUACUGAGCCUGCACGCUAGAGCCCGCAAGCCACAGCUACUGAGCCCGCGUGCCACAACUACCGAAGCCUAUGUGCCUAGAGCCUGUGCUCCACAACAAGACAAGCCACUGCAAUGAGAAGCCCGCACACCACAACAGAGAGUAGCCCCCACUCACUGCAACUAGAGAAAGCCUGCGCGCAGCAACGAAGACCCAACGCAGCCAAAAAUAAAUAAAUAAAAUAAGUAAAUUUAAAAAAGAAUAAUGUGUAUAGAAUCCCUCAAGGGAGAAUGAGAUCGGCUGGGACCUAGGGUCAUCUACCAGGACGCUUGCACCUGGACAGUGCCUCCUUGAACAACAGGAAGCUGGCAACCAUAAACGGACCAAGGGGUAAAGCUUUCUUAAGCAACAGGAUGCUGAAGGCCGUGAAUCAACCACAAGUGAUUAAAAACAACCUCAUGCCUGUGCAGUAGGGGCGAUGUUGACAACUACACAACCUUCCUGGUGGCGGUAACGAGCAAGUCUGCCAUUUUGAGGUGCCAGCACAGAAAGUGGGAAACUGCACAUGAUCUCUGUAUAUGGCACUGCCAAGAAGGAUGAACAAACUGCCUAAGCCAUGCCCCCUGUCUGGCCUGCAGAUCCACCCCCAAUGUCACCCCAUCAAAGGACCCAGGGAGCUCUUUGUGAAGGAGUGGGCAAGGACACCUGGUGCUUGCUUUCAGUUCCUUACGCUGCAGCACAAGCCCCCAUAAAGCCACGUCUGAAAUUCUCA